AUGGUAGCUGAUCUUUGGGACCCGGACGAUGGAUGGAGACUGAAUGAAUUUCAAGACAACCUGCCUCAACACAUGAUAGACAACAUCCGAUCAGUCUUGGUUGAUCCAAUGGCAGCUGAAGAAGACCAAGGCAUCUGGAACUUGUCCUCCAAUGGCCAGUUCACAGCAAGUUCCGCCUUCAAGGCUAUCUCACCGCAGCAUCAGAGCUCUCUCCCACCUUCCUUUUGGCAAAGAAUAUGGAAACUCCAUGUUCCUGAGAGGGUAAGGGUUUUCAUGUGGAUGGCCAGCAAAGGCAGACUGACGACCAAUAACAUCCGGAAGUACCGUCAUCUCACCCAGAACGACAAGUGUCCGGAAUGUCCGGAUGUGUCAGAAUCAAACCUCCACUGCCUGAGAGAUUGCGUUUUGGCUAAGGCGGCCUGGUUGAAAAUCAUCCCUGCUUAG